UCGACGAGAUGAACCUCCCAAGGGGAGGGGAAGAGAACAGCGGCGAUAUUAACCCUGCCUUAAGCCACGAAGCUUGGCGAUCAAUACGUUAUGUAGGGGCAUUAUCGUACAAGAGCAAUUGUCAGAAGAUACCAAUCAAUUAUGCACCCUGAACCCGCCCACCCUGUAACAGAGAAUGAACUCCUCCAAUUAUGCUUGAUAGCCACAUUUACCCAGUAUGAUACACCUCAGAUUGGGAGUUUCCACCACCAGCAUGAGAAACAUGAUAUGACUACAGAAGUGGAGUCCUAUGCAUCUCAGCACACUAGUAGCUGUUUGUAUAGAGUGUAGUUUAUCAUUGGAACCAGUGUCAUUUAUCCUAUGUAGUUUGUGUGCAGUGCCAAGAAGACCUGUUCAUCAUGAGUGCUUUUUGGAUCUUUCACUUUCUACAUUGUUUUCCUCUUUUAUUAAUUUUCAAUUUGGAAAUACAUGGCCAGAGUGUUCAGCGAGAACUCAACAUCAACCUCGACACCGUCCAUGAAUGGGCGGACCAGUUUACGGCAGAUCUUCUGGAACUUGCGGACAUCGGCGCUGGUGCUGGUUGCUUGGAGGACUUCAUGGCAACAUAUCCAGGGGAAGUGUUGGUGGAUGAUAAUAUGAUCACUGAGACCCUGACAACAGUCCGGCAGGAGCUCGAGGUCAUGCUGAAGGCCAAGGAGAAGGGUGUGGAGAAACUGGUAGAGGCUGCAGAGGCUGCCAAUCGGGAAUAUGGUGCCUACAAGAAACCUGAGCAGCUAGACCUGGAGGACAUAUCGUACUUCAAUGCCAAAAAGCUGGUGAGUGACGACAACGUGAGAGACUUGAGCAACGAGACCAAGGAGGUGAUUAAGCAGACCAUCCACUACCUCAAAGUUGACAACACGUUUGAAGACUUCAACUACAACAGCGUGAACCUCACCGUCAGCACCAUACAUGUACCCACUAAUAUAUAUGAUAAAACUGUAAAAAUAUUGAAUGGUGUGAGUUGGAGCGAGAACAUGACAAAACAGUUUACAGAAAACUUGAAAGAUGACCCGUCUCUCACCUGGCAGUACUUCUGUAGCUCAGAUGGCUUCUUUAGGAUAUACCCAGGAAUAAUUUGGCCGAGGGACCCUGACAAAGUAGACAUGUUUGACUGCAGAGUUAGAAACUGGUACAUCCAGGCAGCUACUACUCCGAAGAACAUCGCCAUCUUGAUGGAUGCCAGUGGCAGCAUGAAGGGCAUGAGGAUGGAGAUUGCCAGGAAGACUGUGGACAAGAUUCUGGACACCCUUAGCAAUGAUGACUACUUCAAUAUUCUACAGUUUUCGGACGAGGUGUCGUACGUAGACGAGUGUUUCAACCGCACCAUGAUGCAGGCCAGUGUGGACAACAGGAGGAGGAUGCAAGCAGAGUUAGAAAAUGUCAACACAGAAAAAAUGGCCAACUUUGAAAACGCACUUGUUGAAGCUUUCACAUUGUUUGAAACCGUUGAACUAGAUUUAAGGAGGACACUGUGUAAUAAGGCCAUCAUGCUGGUAACUGACGGAGCACCAGAAAAUUAUGAAGAAGUAUUUGAACGAUAUAACUGGCCGAACAAAACUGUUCGAGUGUUCACAUACCUAAUAGGGAAGGAAGUCUCAGACAAUCGACAGGUCAAGUGGAUGGCUUGUGCUAAUAAAGGUGAUCAUAAACACAUUUCUACAAGAGCUGACGUUCAAGAGAAUGUACAGCAAUAUAUCAAAGUGAUGAGCCGUCCGAUGGUGCAGGAGAGGUAUCACAACUUGAUCUGGACAGCAGCAUACCUGGACUAUGUGACCGAGCAAUCAGACAUCAAAGAGCAGUUGGAGAACCCUUUCUCGGCUUACACAGACAUGCUGGGUACAAACAAAGGGGAUUUCAAUAAGGGUCUCGGCCUGAUGAUCACAGUGGCCAUGCCAGUAUUUGACUCUAGAGAGUCUACAGGGGAAGAUGAGGAGCGACCAGAUGGGAAUCUGCUUGGUGUUGCCGGGACCGACAUCCGCACCUUUGAGCUCAAGAAAUAUAUUCCAUUACACAAACUUGGGGUCAAUGGAUAUGCCUUUGCCAUCACAAACCAUGGCUAUAUUAUCUUCCAUCCAGACUUCAGACCUUUGUACUGGAGGGAGAAGGGCUCCACUGAGAUGUUCGUCAAACCCAAUUACAACAGUGUAGGCUUGACGGAGGUGGAACUAGCAGACAAUGCCUCCAGUGUUCAAGAGCUCCGCCAGGGAAUGUUGGACCACAACUUUGGCAGUAUGGAGAUGCAGGUGACAGAGCAUGAUGAUAUGAAGCGAUUCAGAAAGAGGACAAACUUAUAUUACUAUGGCAAUGUGGGUGAAAUAUUCAGCCUUGCCUUAGUGAUACCCAAAGGAUACGGGGAAAUAAGACUUCGGCCCCAGUACAACCUUCUCCAUACUCAGACAGAAGCUGAGUACCUCAACAACGAGACCCUGCUGCUGGCUCCCUGGAUUUUCUGCAAGAAUGAAUCCACUGGUCAGAUGCAGACACUGAGGAAAUACCAGCUCCAAGAUAUUGUCAAUGGAACAGGAAAUCAUCAACUAAAAUGCGACCCUGACCUUGUGAGACUGUUGGUGUACGAUGCAAUCCAGACUUACAACUACACCAAGAUCUGGGAGGGGCAGAAGGACUACCUCGGACGGGGCAGGCUCAGACCAGGAUCUAACAUCAAGAAGGAUUACCGUUCAUGCUAUGGUAUUGCAGACCAGAGAGAAAUGAAAAAAUGCUACACCAAAGUGCAUGCAAAAUAUGGAAUUGACUUUAUCUUCAUUGGUACAAGUGUCGGGUUGACCCGCUUCAUGCAGGUGGAAGAGGCGGAAAACUUAACAGAAUUUGAUUUUGCUUCAUCGAGUACAAAGACGAUUGGGGAACCAUACUACAAGCGAGCUGUCAGUGGCUGGCAAGAUGGCUACAACUACACCUUUGCUCUCAGGAAUUCAGGAAUGUUUCCUAUGCAGUCGACCACUGUGAUCAUGUCGUCGCCGGAGGUGUUGAAGCGCGGAGGAAAGGAAGCUGUUGCUGCUGUAGUAGGAUUCCAGAUGAAACAUUAUAAGUUCUUUGAGAUGUUCCACAACAUAACAACAGAGUGCCCAUCUGGCAGCUGUGACUUCACAUGUAAUGACACAGAGUAUUUAAACUGCUACCUCCUAGACCACAGUGGCUUUGUAAUGGCCUCCAAUAACAAGGAUGGAAAUGAUACAGGAAAAUUUUUCGGUAUGGUGGACAACUCUUUAUUGGAAGAAUUAAUACGAGAAAAUAUUUAUAACAUAGCAAACAUGACAGACUAUCAAGGGAUGUGUAAAGUGUAUGCCAGUGAUCAAGAGAGUGCCGCACCAUUGUUAACUAAUCCACUGUCAAAAAUAUUUGGUUGGUUAUUGUGGACUAUAGCAGAAAUUGUUAUAUUUUUGUCUGAGUGGAGUUUUUAUAGUCUGUUGAAUAGUGUAAAUUAUGUCAGAGGUGAGGACUUUGAAGAUAUGGAGGACAUUGCAGACCCAGAUUUCCAGUUCUACAUGGGGUUGCUGGUCGGGUCAGAAACUCGGGAACGUGUAGAGAUUGACUAUGUUGUAGACUUCGAAGCAUGUGACAAGACAGUCCGUCUUUAUGCUCUCAAUGUUACAACAUUCCAUAAACUUAACAGGAAUGGUUUGACCAAGUCUAUAACCAGCUGUGGAUGUAGCCGAAUGAGUCACAACCGUUUUCUAUAUAUUUGGAAACAGCGGACGUACAUCGUGCGCUGGAUCCGAGACACGAACAUGAUCCUGGUGGUGGCAGCAGCCAACUGCAAUUGUGGAGAAGGAGAUGAGACCUCCAUCACACCAGUGAAGAUUCAUUAUACAGAAGAGGAAAAGUGCAAGCGUGUAUCCAAGCUGUCACAUCCGCCCAGAAAGACAAGAUGUUAUGACUCAACAAUAGAGGAGGGUAACACCUGUGGAGCACGGAGGUAUCGGGUAUCAUCACUACUUCUGGCACUGCUGCUUUUAAAAAGUUUUCUGUCUUAGCAAAGGAAAAAAAGAGCAAGAAGUUAGCCAGGCGCCAUCUUGGAUACACGAAUACUUGAUAAUGGCUCAAACAAGAGAGAGAUCCCACAAGAGUAUGGCCAUGGAGUACGAGCCGCUUCCAUCCCUUUUGAGUCCUUGUCAACACAUUCCAAACGUGAUGGAGUUUCAUCACAACAGAUCCGUGUCUGGGCAUCCAUGGACAAUGUUGCUUGAACAUUUUCAGGAUUGCUGAGGAUCAACAAGUGUUUUUGAAGUGAUAUUGUAGCCAGUUCCUCAAGUGUCAAGAUGUGUCAACUUCUGAGAUGAUUUGAUGUAGCCAUCUGUUGCUUAUGCUUGGUUCAUCAAAAGAAUCAAAGUGUGAUGCUUGCAUUUCAUAAUUGAAAAUUUUGAAACAAAUAUUUUUUAACUAUGCCUGUCAAGAUGACUGUCUUAUCAAAUCAAGCAGCAUAAAUCUCCAAAGAUCAUCUGUUUUAGUUCCUAGAUACAGACUGCGUGUUUGCUUAACUACAUCCACAACAUUCAUGAAGUGUGUGGGGGUUAUCUCCUAUGUGGAUGCAUCACAAUGUCAGGGCCAUUCCUGAUGCCAAGGUCUUGUCCCAAAAGUGGAUAUUACACAUUGCUGUAUUUGUGUGCAAGGAAAAGCAACAUUUUGGCAGGAUGUGUUCAACACUGCUGACCAGGAGCUUAUAAAAGUCAGAUUUUGUCAAACAAUUGGCCUUCCAUAAUGUACAUACUGUAAAGUCGUUGUUUUUAUUCACUGAGCCUUAAUGAGGUGACGAUUUCUGUGAGGACGUUAAUAGUAGGGAUCAUGCACCUGUAGAAUGUUCGAAUGAAAUGUUAUCCCUUCUUAGUGAGGAAGAUGUUUGGGACAGUCACUGACGGUAUAGGUGUAUGGUUGAAGGAGCCUGUUGCUAGGUUACCGAGGAAGUGGAUGCAUUGAUUCUUUGCCUGAUUCAUCGAUAAAGGCCUUGACUAAUUUGUAGAUAAAUGACAGAGGGCUUGGAUGCAUUGACCCAUUGUUUUAUUCAUCAGUGAAGGUUUCGGAUGGAUCAGCCUGUUGCUACAUUCAUGAAAGAAGGCCUGGAUAAUAUCAGCUUGUUGCUAGACUCAUCAAUGAAAGCUUGGAUGGAUCAACCUUUUGCUGGAUUCAUAGGAAAUAUCUUGAAUGCAUUGACCUGCUGCUAGAUUCAUUGACAAAAGCUUGGGUGGAUCAACUUGUUUCUAGAUCCAUCAAAAGAAAACAUUGAUGUAUCGACAUGUGGCUAGAUUCAACGAUCAUGGUUUGGAAGGAUCCACCUGUUGCUUUAUUCAUCAAUGUAAGCUAGGAUGAUUUGACCUGUUGCUAGAUUCAUCAAGGGAAUCGUGUCAUUGGAUUAGUCUUUGCCAGGUCCAUCAGGGAAGGCUUGGAUGGACCCAACGGUUACUAGAUUCAUUGGGAUUCAAGUCUCAGAUGCACUGACCCAUUGCUUGACUUAAAGGGAAAGUCCGGGAUUGAGAAGGUCUUCAGGGAAGGCUUUGUUGUAUCAGACUGCUGGUAGAUUCAUCAGGAAAGGCCUUGAUGGAUCAAUCUGUUGCUAGAGUCAUCAAAGAAGGCCUGAAUGUAUUGCUAUCAUUGCUAACUUCACUAAUGAAGGCUUGGAUAGAUGAACCUGCUACUGAAUUCAUCAGAGAAAGUGUGGAUGGACUGACUUGUGGCUACAUUCGUGGUGAAGGCUUUGAUGGGUCCACCUGUUGCUCUAUUAAUUGAUAAAGGCUUGGAUGGAUUAACCUGUUGUUAGAUUCAUCACAGAAGACAUGAAUGCACUGAUCUGUUGCCAGAUUCAUCAAGGAUGGUUUGGAUGGAUCAGUCUGUUGUUAAGCUGAUCAGGGUAUACUUAUGUUGAUCAAUCAGUUCGUAGAUACAUUGGCGAAAGCUUUGAUGGAUGAACCUGUUGCUGGACACAUCAAGGAUUGCUUGGAUUCACCAAGUGGAAGGCAGACUGAAAUCAGAGGACAUAGAUGAAACAUAUGUCAUAAAGCCUAACUGAUAUUUUCACCAAAUGGAAAAUGGAGUAGAAAGAAAGAAAAUUUGAAGAGAUAAACUAGUGCUUUGAAAACAUGGAGUAUCUAGUGAGAAGAAAGAAAUUUCACAGGGAAAAGCAUAUGUUUUGAACAAGUGGAGAAUGGAAAGGGCACCAUGACAAUAAUGUCGGCCAUGUUGAUGAAAGACUUGCAUAUUACUGUCUUGUAUUCUGAUUGAAAACCAUUGAACAUCUAGAGGCAGAAACUGAAGAAAUGUAGUUUGAAAAGUGUAAAAAAAAGUUUGAAAAGAUAAAUUGGCCUCCGAGCAUGUUUAGUGUCAGGGUCCCAUAUGGUGCAAAAGCAAAUUAGUUCUGUUAUGAUUGUCCAGCUGUUCAAAGACGUGAGUAGAUAUACUGAAUGAUAAUUUAUAAUCAAUGUGACAGCUCUGCCAACCCCAGACUGAUGUCAGCAUGUGGAGGACAUAGUAACAAGUAAUGGACAAACAUGAAGUAUUGUGAAAGAUUGCUGGAGGUGAGAUGAACCAUCAAGCCUUAUUCUAGUUCUAGGUCUGCUAAUAUAUGAUGGCACACAGAUGUUUGUAUUGAUUCCUGGCAGGUUGCUGAUGUGGAUCAGUGACUCUGAAUCAAGACUAUGUGAGUUAUGAGGUCUGAGGUCUGUCAUGUGGAGGUGCAAGCAGCUUGUGAUGAGUCCUCGCAGAUUGCUGGAAUGUAAGAUGGAUCCAGUCUGAUGUGAGAUACGGGGUCUGAGGUCUGUCAUGUAGAGGUGCAAGCAGCUU